UUUCACCUGUCCAGUAAGGUAAUUAGUCCAUUACCUGAGUUCAACAGAUGCAGAAUCAUUCCCAAAGACUUUGUAGACUACUAGAAUCCAUGUUUCUUUAGUAAAGGGGGAGGGGUUUGGUAGUAUUUGCAAUAGUCUGUUAUUUGACAAUUAUUUAGAUCAGCGCUUCUGAAUAUUGAAAGUACUUUAAAUUCUUUUCGCUAAAUUUCGGAGCGCUGACAUUAACAAAAUUUUAUGAAAUGGUCUAAUGAAAAGUUGGCCAUAGUUAUAUGAACAGGCAAUUUUUUAGAGUCCAAUCUAACUGGGGACGUGUGGUUCAUUAUAUAUAAAAGUUGAAUAUUAUGUAAACAUCAAAUACCAAUUUAACAAAUAUUACCAAAUGAAAAGAAAGGGAAAAGUGAGAACCAUCUUUUCUGUGCAAAGAAAACUGCAGAUAGUUUUAUGAAGCCAAGUUAAACGUCUGGUUUUCGUCUCCUGAUAAACUCUUCUGACUAGAUGUAAACAAGCUGCGUUCCUACUGGCUGGAAUUUAAUGAUCGCAUCACAAUUACUGGAAUUCGGAUGAACGGCAUUGUCUAUUGGAGUGAUGGAAAGACAUAACAACCAUUUCAUUUCUUAAAACUAAAAAUUAUCGACUGUUGAUGAAAGCUUAUCCUUAUUGUAUAAAAUGCCCUAUAACGAUGUGGAAAUUAAAACACCAAAAGAGAAUGGCGCCAUUAGAGCUAAGCAAGACAUAGUUUUCUCUGUGCUCAUAUUACUGUCCAACUCCGUGGUCAUCACGACUAUACUUAGCUCUUCAUUACUUCGAAAACUGACCAAGUUCCAUAACGUGAUCAGCAUAUGUCUAUGCAACAUGUUGAGCUCAAUUCCUUUGGUACUGGACACGGCAUAUAUUUUAAAGGUGUCGGACUUCAGCAUCACACUUGCUCAUGUUGUCAAUGGCUUCCAUUUGUACAGCCUCCCUUCCAUCAUAACCUUGACCUUGCUGUUCAUCUGCUUAGAUUUUUGCAUCUUCCGAAUGCACGGUUGGGCUGCAAGUGAAUACAUGUCUAGCAAGUACAUCAGUCUAUGGGUGCCUUGGAGUUAUGGAGCAGUUGCUUUGGUGUUUUUAACUUUGUCCUCCCCUCCGACGUUAGAUGAAUUUUAUGCAAGUGGUAAAGAUGAAUCCUUCCAUGAUCAAGAAACUUUUCCUGUAGUUCGGCCUGUCUUACUAAAUCACUCCGCCUGGCCUCUCGUGGUUGGUUGGGUGUAUAUUCCUACACUGCUUGCUUUAGUAAUGAUGUCAUUUGCUGCGCUAGUUUAUUGCAGAUAUUCAGAACACUCUCUGAUGAACUGUGUGGUUUGCAGUAGUAAGAGCCUGUUCUACUCUCCAAACAUCCUGGACGCCAGCGUAUCUUUAGUUCUCUUCAGCUGCCUCAGUUUUAUUUUCUACCAUCAUCUCAUGCUCGACUCACAGUGCGCACUCAAAGAAGGGGAUUGUCGCUCAAGGAAAGAAAUGGAUCGUGCCACGGAGCUGGCUCGUUGGUCAGUUUUCUUUUUGAUGCCUGUGCUAUGUCAACUGGACAGAUAUUUCAGACAGGAGAUUGCAAUCAUAUGUGGAAGACUCUGUUUUCGGAGUUAGACGAUGCUACUGAGAGAAAUGCCCUGAGAUUCACUAGAUGGUACCUAAAGCAGACUGAAGUCCAAAUGAAACUAAAUUGAACAAUAUUCAUUACUACUAAACGAACCAAAAUAUGUAUAUUUUUUUAGAUAUAAUACAAAUGCUUCAACUCUCAAAACAUAAUACCACAGAUUGAAACAUGUCUUCGGUGUAAAUUUUAUUGAGAUAAGUGUGUAUGUGUGUGUCUUCAAACCCUAAUUUUAAUUUCACAAAAUUGUCUCUGCUUGUUUAAUGAUAACCACUUUACAAAUUUUGCUUUUUACCCACAGUACUUUAACUUACUUUGACAUCUUGUUUCACGGGUGUGAAAUUCCAGCAGCAAAUGCUUUUUAUUUUUACCAUAGGCACUUAAAUUCUAAGUUUUACAUCUCUCUGAUGUGUGAUAAGGCUAACAAAGAGAGCUUGUGUAAUCACACAUGUCUAUAUGUAGGAUGUUUUUAAUACCUGAAAUUUCAGGCUAACACUUCUUUAUCUGUAUUGCCAAGAGAACUGAUAUU